UCCACAUUGCAUGUGCAAGAAACGUACACUACUCUUCUGCUGUAUAGUAGUACAUUUUUCUUUUUGACUGUCUCUCUUGCUUUAUCAUUUACUUGGUGAACAUAGCAAAAUCAAUUUCACAUUCUCCAGAACUUUUAUAAUAUAUCAUAUUAAUUAUAGUAUAACUUAAAUUUUCGUUAAAAGAAAAAUAUCAUUAAUUAUAUAACUUAAAUUUUCAUUUUAGUCGGUGAAGGAAGCAACCGUAAAAAACUGUUUUACCUAAUGCAAAUAAAAAAAAACAUUUCAUUUCUUUUUGAGAAAGUACGGUGUCGUUAUUUCUUUUUCUUUUUUUUUGUGUGUGGUACAUGACGCUUCGUCCGCAUUAAAAAAAGAAAGUAAACCGUUCUUCGGUAAUGAAAUGUUAAAUCACCGGUGAUCAUACUUUAGAGAUAUCUGAGUGUAGUCAGAUUCGAACUCAACUUUUUUAACGACGCUAGAACGUUAUGUUACCACCCGGCCACUAACGCGUAGUUUCAUCCACAUUGAAUUCAAGGUAGAUUCACAAUUUAGAGUUAGUAAAAAAAUUAUCCUUCACUUCCAGAACUAUAAGUUACCAAAAAGUAUAAGAUUAGACUACAUAAGUUGAAGCGAUAAACCUUAAUUUUUCAUGCGCAUACAAAACACAUAUUACAUUGCCGUCCACUGAUGUUUUGUUCCCUUAGUUACAUAUCAUAUCAUCAUAAUCUUCUCUGAGAUUGGUCUACGGGGCAUGGACGAUAUUAGUUUGCAUUGCUUUGCUAAAUCGGUUUUUUCUUUUGUAGACAAAAUGAAAAAGUUGAACUACUGGAAUUGGAUUAGUGGCAUUUGAACAAUAAUCCUAAUACGGUGAAUCUGCAAUUCGAUUUCCAUUGAUAUCGUGGGAACUUAUAGGUUAGUCGGUUUACUUUGGUCACCGAACACUGUGAUUAAUUCAAAAAAAAACAAAUGAAAAAGUUGUCAAGUUAUCAGUUGAUAAGUAGGAAAAAUAAAUGUUUACAAAAUAAAAAUAUCUUUUCAUAAUAAUAAUUGACCAAAAUACAUUUAAGAAAAGCAUACAUGCAUUUAAUUUUUUAUUAUUUUUGUUUCUCUAAGUAUCAAACAUGAGAUGACAAUGAACAAGGACGACUUAUUGGAGACCCUUCGUUCUGUCCACAUAAUGACCCGUCCAAUAAACGUAUACUACAUCUUCACUCUUUAGCUAUAUCGAUUUUUCUUUUAACGUUUACUCCUCUUACGUAACGAUCUCUAUCUUUUUAUCAUUCUAGUGUUACUUUAUCAUUUAUUUAUGUGAAUAUAGCAAAACUAAAAUCCAGACCCUUCUUUUUGUCCACAUAAUAUCCCCCGUCCAAGAAACGCAUGCUACUCUUCUGCAAUAUCGACUUUUCUUUUAACAUUUACCAUUCUUAAAGAAUUGAAAGUACUAGCUAGAUUCAUAUAUUUCAUAAACAAGAAAAAUAAACAAAAUAUUAUUCAUUAAGUUGAUAUCUCAAAUGUUGAGAGUCUCAUUUAAAAUCAAUUUAAAAUCAAUCUUUUUUUAUAUUUCAGUGGAGUCUUUAAUAUUUAAAAUGCUUAUAUAAUAAAAUAAUAUUUCCUCCAUCUGUGAGAUAUCAAAAAUUAACAAUUUUAGGAAAUGUUAAAAUAUUUGAUUACUGGAAACUAGAAGAGGAGUUGAUAGCUGAGGGUGUCUUGUUGACAACCGAACCUACUCACCUCGUCAACCAAAUUCCACUGGGACCGAAUGCAGCAGUUCUUAGAGUCGAAAUGGUUUUUAAACCUAAUGCCUAUAUCUGGAGACCUACACCUGAAAUGACAAAGAUGGGUGAUGCAGUACAUGGGACAAUAGCGUGGCCUCUAGAUAAGAUAAGACUACCUGAUCAAAAUUCACCUACUGAUCAACAUUCACCUACUGAAUCAAACAAGAUAUCCAAUCAGAGUGGUGGUAACAGCACUAGUAGUAGCAACAAAGGUGGCAAACAGAAGGUUGCUCUCUUGGACUGUCAUAACUUAGGACAGAGAGUUGCUUUAGGUCGUGUGUUCUCAACUGAUCCAGCAGAGAAAGUGCAUUUCGUUCCUUUAGGUCCCAAUGCUACGAAGGUUUGGGUAGAGGUUUCCGAGUUCGAUGGGGCUCGAGUGUGGAGGCCAAACUCUGAAAUCGAAUUCAUAGGUGAUGCAGUAGGAAGCACCGUGGCUUGGCCAAAUGAUAAGAUUGUGUAUCUCUAAGGAUUACAAUGUUGCUUUAGUGUGAACUUAUAAUGUAAUCUCUAAGGAUGUGUGAACAACUAUGUAAUAUGUCUAAGUUGAAUCUAUGAAAUUAAUGUUUAUUUAUAUAAGUUGAUGUUUUGUUUCAAAAUCCCAGAAAACGAAUUUGUGUAAAUUUAAAAAUAUAAAUAUAUGAAAAUUAAAAUUUAAAAUAUAUAAAUAUAUUAACAUUAUAUAUACAGCACAAAUGAAACUGCUAUAGUAGUACAUAUAUACAUUGCACUUUGGUAACUGCUAUAGUGGAAUUAACUAAAACAAACAGAAAACGCUAUUUAUAAAAUUAGUAAUAGCAGUAAAAAAACGCUAUUAAAUAAUAUUUAAUUGCAGAAAUAAAAGCGCUAUCGUAGCGGAAGAAAAGAUAGCACAACGAAAUACCGCUAUUUAAUGUCCUCGACCUAUUAUGACGGGCGAUGAUACAGCGCUUAACAAACCGCUAUCCUAUCGUUAGAUAGCGUUAUUCGUCCGCUAUAAAAACGCGUUUUUCUUGUAGUGUAGAUUCAUAUAUUUCAUAAACAAGAAAAAUAAACAAAAUAUUAUUCAUUAAGUUGAUAUCUCAAAUGUUGAGAGUCUCAUUUAAAAUCAAUUUAAAAUCUAUCUUUUUUUAUAUUUCAGUGGAGUCUUUAAUAUUUAAAAUGCUUAUAUAAUAAAAUAAUAUUUCCUCCAUCUGUGAGAUAUCAAAAAUUAACAAUUUGAUGAUGGAGAUAUUCUUGCUUGAUGCUAUCUCUAUCAUUUUUUAUCGUGUAUGGUGAAUAUAGCAAAACUAGUUUCACAAUGUUCCAAAAUUUAUAAAAUAUCUAUUACCUGAUUUUGAACUUGACAUUUCAUUUUGACUGGGGACGGCAGAGGUGGAGGAAGCAACCGUGUCCGUACGUAAUUUUAGAACACCCCUAAUAGUGAGUGUCAUUAAUGGUAACUUAAAAGUAGAAUAUUAUUAAUAAUUUAAUGUAACUUGGUUAAUAACUAAAAUUUUGAUUAGGGCUUUCUCUCUCUUCUCUUCUCUUCUCUUUGAGAGAGAGAGAGAGAGAUCUACAAAUCUCAUCCGUCUUAUCACAAUUCGAUCUUCCAAAAGGAUGCGAUGAAACUAUUUUUGUUGUUGUUUGACUGUAAAGUACUUUCAAUCUACGGAUCAAACUUGUUUCUUCGCUCAGGCGAUUAACCUUUUGCAUGGCGAUUUUUGUAGUAUAAUUUGAUCCAUAGCAGAGCUUUGCUUCAGUUUUCUUCUUUGUCUCUGUCUGGAUCGAUUAAUAAAAGUGUGAAUAAGUUUUUUGCUUUCCACUUCAAUCUUAGUUUUUAUCCCGUUGAUUUCUGGGAUAAGGACCUUCUUCAACGCUCACUCUGAUUUCUUACCAAGAGAAUCAGUCUUCGUUCUACUUCAGCCAUCUUAGAUGUUAAGCGGAGCAUCUAUGUUGAAAAUGAAAGAUAAAUUUGAAAAAAACUUUAAAUCGCUUAAGAAGAAGAUUUAGAAGUGUUAGUGUUCUCCAAAACGGCCCGGUAAAGGGUUUCACCUCGUCUUGAUUUAAGUUUCCUCUGGUAUAAUUCUGGUGAAUCAAGGUUCCCUUACUCAGUUAUUUGAGGUUAAAGUGGGAGGCUACUGUAUUUUAUUGGAAUGGUUGGAUAUGGCGGUGGAGAGCUAGAGCUUGAGAGGUGUGUUCGUGAAGCUUAUGGCAGCGAUGCUCAGCAAUGCGGCCGUGAUGGCCGCUUAAGGCAUGUCAGACGCAUGUCCAGGCGACGUGGCCUCAUGAAGAUCAUUCGUCAAAUUUGGAAAGUUUCUAGACAUAUCUUAAUUGGGUUGUAAUUAUUUUAUUUAGUAGGCUUAGCUUCUCCUUUGUUGUAAUUAAAA